AUGACUGACACCGGAUCCACUGUCAUCUCCGCGCCCCGCGCUGAUUUCGAGAAAAUAAUGAAGAAGAUCAAAGCCACACCAUAUAAGUCUGCCUAUAUGACAUCCUGCAGCGCCGAAUUUACGUUGCAUUUCAAAAUUGCCGGAAAGGAGUUCCACAUCCCGUCGUAUCAAGUCUUACCCAUUGAACUCCAAUUGCCAAGUUAUGAUUUCGGCAAGCAAUGA